AUGCCGGCCUACCCCCACCUGGAUGGGUGGCUGCGCACUCUACCAGAGGUGCUCCAGUAUAAGCAAAGAUGUGGGGAAUUGGAGCAGCUGGUGCUGGAAAAAACCUAUGAGUCAGAGAAACUGAAACACUCGUUACAGAUCCGUCUGGACUUGGCCGAGUCUCAUCUGCACCGCACGGAGCACAAGCACAGCACUGACCUGGAGAGCUCACUCAACCAGCUGGAGGAGGAGCAGGAGAGAAUCCUGGAGCUGACGGAGAUGGUGAAGCACCUGAAGUCUCAAAGAUCUGAAAAGGAGAAAAAGGUGACAGCUCUCCGGGCGACAGUGGAGGCAAUGGAGACGAGCCAGGCUGAAGACUCCUUGGAGAUGGAGGUUCUCAAAUGCAAGAUUAAAAAUCUACAGCAAGUCCUCCACAGCAUCACUCAAGUAGCUCGAGCUGAUUCAGAGAUUGCGUUGUCCUCAGACGGCCCGCUGCGUGCUCCCUCGCGACACUCCUCUCCCACCCUCACUCGCUCGGCCUUGCGCAGCUCCUCCCACUCUUUCCGAAACUCCGCCUUGGUUGCAGUCCAGAGAGCACUGCAGCGGCGCCAGCUCCAAGUGCAGGAGCUGCGCGUGCGUCUAGAAGACGCCCAGGAGCAGACAGGGGCCCUGCGCAGGCAGCUGAUGGACAGGGACACAGAGAGGACCCUGGAGCAGAGACUCCAGCAGCUGAGACAGGAGAGCCAGCAGGUUGAGCGAGCCAUGGAGGAGAGCAAGAGAGACAGCCAGAGCUACCACUCCUCGCUGGAGAUCAUUGGGAGUGAGAAGGGCAACCUGGAGAAGCUGAUCCACAGCCUGAACCAGCAGAUCGACUCCCUGCAGGGUGACCUGGAGAAGCUGAAGGGUGUGAACCUUGACCUCCAGAACCAGCGAGACCACCUGGAGAGAGAGAGCGAGCGUAGCUGCAAGGAGGUGGAGCGAGGCCAGAAGAGCCUGGAGCAGCUGGAGCUGAAGAACUUGAGCUUGAGGAAGGAGCUGGUGACUCUGAAGAAAGCCCUGAGCCAGGUUACCCUGCACAAGGAGGUGCUGGAGGAUGAGAAGACAGGCCUGAGCACAUCACUCAUCAAGGCAGAGUCGCAGUAUGGAGAUCUGGAGCUCACCCACAACAAGCUGCAGACCGAGGAGGCCACGCUGCGGGAUUCACUGGACAAGAUGGGGGCUCGCAAUGAGGGGCUGGCCAGAGACAAGGUGGCGCUGAACCGCCUCAUCCUGCAGAUGGAGGGUGAGAAGGCCCAGCUGGGGGAGCAGCGGCAGGAGGUGGAGCAGGAGUGCGCGGCGGCCAGGGAGGAGGUGUCCCGGCUGCAGCAGGAGCUGCUGGACCUGAGCACGGAGAAGCACGCUCUGGAGAAAACGCAGCACAGCCUGGAGGAGAGCCACAAGAGACUGAAGCAGGAUCUGGGCCUCCUCCGCAGGGAUAAAGCACAGAUCCAGGAGCAGCACAUGCAGGUGAGCCGGCAAAGGCAGAGCCUGUCCAAGCAGCUGACCCAGAGCAGCAGGGAGAUGGAGAGCCAGGCCAAAGCACUCCUGCAGGCCGUCCGAGAGAAGGAACAGCUGAGCGUCCAGCUGACCGCAGCAGAGCGUGAGAGCCGGGGGCUGGCUGAAGAGGUGGCAGCACUGAGGGCGGAGAAGGAGCCACUGGAGACGGCUCUGUUUGAGGCACAGCAGCUGGUCUUUGCACUGGAGGGACGUAAGAGCCAGCUGGAGGAAGAGAACCAGGCCCUGCUGGUUACUCAGGAGACUCUCACAGAGUGGAAUUACAGCUACAGGAGAGGAGACAAGGGGAAGGAGUCGGUGGGUCCACAGCCCAAGAGGGAGGAGACCGAGCGUCCACAGCAAGAGGGAGGAGUCGGCGAGGUGGAUCGCGUGCGAGACGAGGCUGAGCUACAGGUCAAGAAGCAGGAGAGAGACCGGAAGAUGCUGAGAGAGGCACAGAUCGCCAUGGGCAACAUGGAGCAUGCGCACCGCGAGGAGAUGGACCGGGCCAGGAAAGAGAAGGAGAGUCUGUGUCUGGAGCUGACAGCGGAGCGGGAGGGGGCAGUGCGCAGGCUGCAGCAGGAGCGCGAUGACAUCACGGCGCACUGCGAGGCAGAGAAGAAGGAGCUGAAGGAGGAGAUGGGUGCCCUGCAGCAGGACAGGGACAAGAGCCUCAUUCUGGCUGAGAACAAUAAACAGGCGCUGUCCCUGAAGGAGUCGGAGAAGAUGCUGCUGGCAGAGAAGCUGGCCAACGCUCAGCAGAAUCUGGCCAACGUUACAAUGGAGAUGGAGCGCAUGCGGAGAGAGGCGCUGAGCUGCCAGGAACAGGACAAGCUGGAGGAGUUGAAGUUGCAGCUGCGCAUGACGAAGGAUGCUCAUGAUGCUGUGCGCUGGGACCUGAUCGAGGCUCACAGGUGUGUGCGAGAGUGUGCAGAGGCACGGGACGCUCAGCACAAGGAGGUCCUGGAACUGCGACGGGCUCUGAGCGACGAGGCCCGCGAAAAGGAGGCCAUCUUACACUCCAACGAGGAGCUGAGGGGCAACAUGAAGCAAGCAGAGAGCGACAGGAGCAGUCUGAAGAGAGCCAACGAGGAGAAAGAGCAGAGACUGGCAAUCCUGGAGGAGUCGAAGGCCUCCUUGCAGAAGGAGGCAGCUAAGCUGAGAGGCAUCCUGAGGAAGGUGGAGAAAUCACAGCUCAAGACUAAACGAGAGCUACACAAGCGGCGCAGACAGGUGAAGCUCCUGGACAGUGAGCGUGCAAAGCGCAGUAAGGAGCUGGGUGAGCUGCAGGCAUGGGUCUCACAGGAGGAGCAGAGAGAGGAGAAGAACCGCCAGGAGACCUUCAGCCUCAAACAGAGGAUAGUCGAGACAGAGGCCUGCAAGGAGUCCGCCUUCAAAGAGGUGGCGCUGUUGCAGCAGCAGGUGGCGGAGGUGGAGUACGAGGCGUGGCUGCGUGAGAAGGAGCUGCAGUGCCACGUGGAGGAGCUGCAGGAGGGGGAGCGACGUCAGCAGGAGAGCGCGAGGGAGCUGCAGGGGGCGCUGCAGCGAGCAGGAGUCGAGGCUGGAGACCUUGCCCUGCAGCUCAGCACCUCCAAGGCUCGGGAACAUGGGCUGGAGGUCGAGCUGGGCAAGGCAGAGUCCACCAGGCUAGAACUGGAGUUUAGAAUGGGGGGCCUGCACUCCGUCCUGCGGCGCACCCUGGGCAUCGCCCGCACAGGCAGGGCACAGAGCUCAGGGGCACGGGGGCACAGCCCCUCACCCAGGAGAGUGGUGUCUCCACUGAAAGGGGUGGACAGCCUGGACAGACUGCGCAACUACAGCCCCUCCGGCAGCCGUGGCAACUUCCCCCUGUGCUCACUCUCCCCCUCGCGUGGGGGUGGGGGGGUGGGGGACCUGGACCCCGAGGUGGUGCGGGCCGCGCUCAAGGACUUCCUGCAGGAGCUGUGCGAGGCUCAGAGAGACCGGGAUGAAGCUGAGAUCCAGGUUCUGAACCUGACUCGCCAGUUGGGGGAGCUAGAGAGCAAUCGAGACCACACCAACACUCGCAUCCAGCAGCUGCAGAAAUCACUGUCCGAGUCUGAGGAAGGGAAGCGGUGUGCGGACAUCCGGCUCAGUGGUGCUCAGACGUCCCUCAUGCUGCAGGAGGAAGCGAUUCGGCGCAGGGAGUGCGAGAGGAAGGCACUGCGGAAGCAAAUGGCUUCCCUGGAGCGCUGUGUACAGGCAGCAGAGGCAGAGAAGAGAGAUCUGCAGGAGGACCUGGACUCUGCCCGGGAGUCUCUGUCGGAGUGUAAGAAGCAGAACCACAUCCUGACGGAGAGGCUGCAGGCCCUGCAGGGAGAGCAGAAGGACACAGAGCUGCGAUGCCUGGAGCUGGAGGGGCAGAGCAAGCACCUUCAAGAGAUGCUGUGGCAGCAGCAGGGCAGCGAGCAGGGGGCUCUGGAGGAGGACAGGCAGGCCCUGCAGGAUCAAGAGCUGGAGAGCGAGUGCCGCGACAUGUUGAGAGCAGGAGCCCGUCUGGAGAAGGACAAGGCUGCUCUCAGAAAAACCCUUGACAAAGUUGAGCGAGAGAAGAUGAAACAGGAGGAACAAGCCAUGCGCCUGGGAGUGGAGAGGGGGCAGCUGGAACAAUCGCUGAGAAGCGUGGAGCAGGAACUGGUGGAUCAGCAGGCCCAAGUGCAGCAGCUGCAGGCAAAUAUCUCAGAUCUGGAGUGUACGCACGCACAGCACCUCAUGGAGGUGACAGCGCGGCACUGCCAGGAGAUGGACCGGGAAACGGAGCGGCUGCACAACUCCCAAGAGCAGGCUGCACGAGACCUGGAGGCACGGGAGAGAGCCCAUCGGCAGCGUGUCAAGGGGCUGGAGGGGCAGGUGGCCACUCUGAAGGAGCAGUUGGACCAAGAGAUGAGGCACAGACAGGCCUACGUCAACCAGAUUCUGCGACCCGGAAUGUAACCUGUCACCUAGCAACAGACCGGGAGCGCCCUUCUCUCCAGUCCAGUCCCCACCUCCAUAUGCAGGGCCUUGGAGGCUUGGGCUACAGUUUAAACUUGCAUUUAAUCACUGGCUCAGAAGAAGUUUGUUACUCUGACUCUAGUCUAGCCCACUAACAAGAAAUGUGAUUAGUUUUAUUUACAUUAUUUAUAUUUGUAGGGGGUGCUAACAAAGCCAACACUUAACUGAUUUUAAAGAAAAAGACUAGUAAAAGGACUGUAAAUUAAAAGUUCAAAGAAAGAACAGAAAAAAAAAACAGUACAGAACAUGCCACUUAGAGCCCACUGGCCGACAAAGGCCAUCAUGUCACCAGUAUUAUAUUCUAAUUGAUAUUAGUAGUAGUAUAAUUGGUAAUGAACUAUAUAACAACAUUGCAUUAUGAGUUGCUACAUUAUAGUUACCAUGCUAUACAUUAUUAUUAUUAUAGGAUAACCAGAUAGCAAUAAACAAUCAUGUUUCAAUUUCAUGUUUUAUGUUGGAAGAGAUUGAUCAACAGAGCCUCACAAUCUAAAGUUUUGCAUCAAUGUGAAGUAGACAGGCGUGUUCCCACCAGUCCUCUAUUUCCCCCUAUUUCAUAAUUGUGCAGCAGCAUCAGAGAUUAGCACCCCAGUAACCCUAAGCAGUCUUAUCAAUCACUGUUGGGUAUUGUCUUCGCUGGAGGCUGGCAGGGAAACCAGUGCCCUUGUAAAGGUUUACCAAAAUAACAGCAUAGCCACGUAUAAUGAAGCCUAGUGAAACCAUGGUAAAGCAUAGGUAAGAUAUGUAAAGCACAGAGAAGUAUGGUAAAGCAUAUUCAUAAACAUGGCAAACCAGAGUAAACUAUGAUAAAUUCACAGUAUAACCAUGGGCAUAGGCGGCGCGUAUGAGGCUUGGGGAGGCUAAGCCUUCUCAAAAUAAAACCCUCACAAGAAAUUAUUCUGACCAACACAAAAAAUAUUUGUGAGAGAAGCUAGAUUUUUUUUCCCACAAGCGUGCAAAGCAGGUCUAACAAACUUAUUUCUCGUUUUCCUACUGUGCAACCGCCAAACCGCUAGGGCAGCUGAGAUAUCAAAAUCAACACUGUAGACUGAGAUACAGGAUUUACUUGCAUUUCAAUGUCAUUGGAGGAGACAAUGCUUGGCUGGUUUAACGUUAAUUAUUCCCGCUGAUCUGAGCCCCACUUACAGCUGCAGGAGGCAACCGACAAAAACACAGAAUCCUUUUUGCUCAUUCACUUGCCUAGAACAUCCUCUUCACAAUUUCUAGAUUUAUUCAAAUUGCUGUUAUUUAUAUAAAAAUAACAGCUUGAUCCGAAUCUGAUUUUACAGAACUUGUGGCAAAAUAUUUUCGUACAAUACUGUCUGUUUUCAAGCACCACCGUUUUGUGAGAAUUUGAUAACUGUGACGCUACAGUCAGAACAUACUUCCUUCGACUGUUUGAACAAAUGCCACAUUUCAGAACAGUUUGUGGUGCCAGAUUAUGAAUGUUUGUGAAGUUUUUUCUUUAGAUUUUCCCAGUCCUUCACUCCAUUUUUAGUGAAAGCGAGGUCUCUUUAACUUCUGAAAAAGUGUCUCCAAGGAAAGCAGAAAACCGCAUCUGCCUGCUUACUGUACUCUAAAUAUUUAAACGUAUUUUAAUAUUCUGAUGAAAAUGAAUGAUUUUGCUUACCAAAGACAGUUUUUGGAUACGCAGGUAAACAAGGCUAUGAUGGCCCUGUUGCAGUAUCACCAAGGUCCAAAAUACAGGAUUUGGUUGCAUUUCAAUGUCAUUCGUGGAGACAAUGCUUGGCUGGUUUAACGUCCAUUUUUCCCUCCAAUCUGAGCCCCAUAUUGAUAGUCGAAAGUUUACGAUAAGAGUGCAGUUAUUUUUAUUUUUUUGCAAAUAUACCUUAUGAAAUACGAUGAAUGUCCCUUGAUUGUAAAUAUGAUAGUAAUUGCGUGUUUAGAAGCUUAAUAGACAGUAUUCAUAAUUGAUUUAAAUUGGUGUGGAGUGAUGGAAAUGGUGUUCAAAAUAGGUGUAGGUACUGUAGGACUGCAGAACAGGUUAACGGAUUUAAAGGUUAAAAAAAAAAAAAAAAACAGUGCAACUUGCAGACCUGCUAACCUCUGCGCAUUUUGAGUUGGUAAUACACGGGUACGCGUUUAUCAGAGAUGAUAUGCAAUAAUACGUAAUCCAUAUUUCGAUCUCAUCGUCUAUGAUAUUGCCUGUAGUUAGAGAAAGUGUUGCAUCUAACGGCAGGGCCGGACUUAGGGCAAGCAAGGCAAGCAAGAUAGAUUAACCGUUCAGGUUUUGAGUUUAGUUACGUGAUAGAAUAACCAAUAAGCUUUUGAGUUUAGUUGACGAUCCAAGUUCUCGUACAGUUUAUUUGUAUAAUCACUGACAUUCUACUGUAGCCUAUCAGGCUUUGUUGAGCUGACUCGCUUCUGUUCAACUGCCAGUUUCGGACACAUUGGUGGGAGUGUGAAGUACUGUGACUUGUGAGGAAAUUAUUUCAAACUGGCUACGGUACCUUUGUUUUUUUUUAAUUAAUGCAUUAGUUAUGCAUUCAUUGUCCGAGGAAAAAACCCACUUGCGUUAAAAAAAAAAAAAAAAAAAAAAAAAAACGUGCUCGGUUUAGAUAACUGCAUCGCAUGAAAAGAAAAUACAGCUGAAUGAGGAUUUUACGAGAAUGGCGAGGGAGUAAGUACAAACGUUUAUUAUAAUAAUAUACUACAAUAUUUAAGUUUAAUAUUCUGUUUUUGGCUCGUUGUCCGGUUUUUCACAAACGCCUGUUACCAUACAGGGAUGUCAGUAAAAUUCGAUUUUAUAAAAAUGAGCACAGCAUUAACAUUGUUAAUAUGGUUAAGGUACGUAAGGCUUCUGUUUACUUUGCAAGUAGCGUACAAUUACAUUGUAGAUAAAUGCAGUUUCAUUGUGCUUUAAACAAGUCAUAAACGGCUGGUUUGUGAAUUUAUAUUGAAGUUCAGUAAGAUCAUUAAUGUAGCAUUAUGGAUUUUGUUAACAGUAAUUUUUUUUUUUUUUUUUUUAUGUAAGGACUGGGAAUAAUCGACCCGCAUAAGUGUAAUCCUGUUUAACUGUAUAGCUAAAUAUUUAUGAAAAAAACGAGUAAGCAUGAUAAAGUGGGACUUAAUACUACUACGACUACUAAUAAUAACGUAAUAUCAGAACUACCAGUAUAUGCUUACUGAUACUAACUUUUUAUGAAGCGCUCACUACAAACGAAUGGGACCAGUCUUUUUCGUUUUUUUUUUCCUCUCUUAAUCGCUGAAAUCCAUUUUACCCUCCUGUCUGGAUCAGCAGGAAUCCUGUAGAAGGAAACUUUAUAUUUCUGUCCAGAACAAAAGAAUCGGGCAUUACUGUAAUGUUACCGCGCUAGGCAUUUUGGUCAUCUUCCACAGUAAUGCUGACUGAAAGAGUGUUCAGCUUGGUGACCAAAAACAAAACCCAACACAGAGCCAGCCUGAGCACAGACAUGCUAAAUUCACUGGUGACGCACAAAGUCAUGAUGUCAGCGAAGCAGCAAGUGUGUCCCAUGCUCAGGAAAGCCAAGUCAGCCAUGAAGCUAAACAUCCAAGUGCAGUUUGACCUGUUGGAUUCCCUUCUGUUCCAAACAACUCACUUUGUGGACAGCUAUUACAUUUGGUGCUGGCUUUUUUCCUUUUUUGAAAGUGCUUUGUUUCUUUGUUUUAGAAGCUUAUACAUUUCAAUUUGUUAUGUUUUGACAGUAAAUAAAAUACAAACAUACUACAA